UCUCGGGUCGAUUGAUUGAACUAAAAAUUAAAACUAAAAUUUCGUCUGAAUUGUUUUACUUUAAACGAUGGAGACUAUAUUAAAUAAUUUUCCUUUGGAUGAAGGAAUAGCCGUUCCUGUUGCAAAUACUGAAAAUAAACAGUUAGAGGUUGAGCUUACUGAUAAACAAAAGGAAGUCAACAACUACAAAUAUAAAGUUGAUGAACAUCAUGAAAGAAUCGAGGCUAUAAAUGGACAUUUAAAGAAUGUUUUACAGGAACUACAUCAUACACAAGAACUUCUUAAUGCACGAAAACGCGAAACGAACAGCGAAGAUCAUUUUCGACAAAUUGCUGAACGCGAAGAAGGAAGGCUGCGUGGCGAAAUAAAACGAAUUGAAAACAAUUUGAAUGAAUUGGACAACAGACGCAACAAUGCUGAGAACAACAUAUUCAAUAAGACUAAACAACUGGAGGAAUUGAAAUCUCAUAUGAACUGGGAUCAAAAAGCUUUAGAAGCUUGGUUAGAGGAAUCAGCAAGGCGAGAUGAAGAUGCUUUGAUUCUCGAAAAAUACACUCGAUCUGAUGAAAGCAAAGUUAAGUCUCUUUCGUUAAAAAUGGAAAAAAUGACGGUUGAAAGUGAAAAGAAGCGACGGGACUUGGAACAAGAAUUAAGUCGUACAUUAACAGCACAGGUAGAAGUGGAUAAAACAGCAGAGGAAUUUCGUAAACUUCACGAUGAACGUCAAAAUUUACUUAAGCAGUGGGAAAAAAGCAUAGAACAAAUGCAAAAACGUGAUGACGAUAUGAACGAACUUACUAUCAGACUGGCUGAGCUUCGUCUAGACGUUCAGUCAAAAGAAGAUCUUGUAAAAGACAGACAGAAUUUUCUUGAAAACGAGUUAAAUAACAAUGCCGAAAAAGAAAAAAAGGUUUCAAAUUUUGAACGACAGUCAGCAAAGUUACGUCUACAACAUCAAAAUGUCGAGAAUGACAGAGUUCAAUUUCAAGAUGAGCUCGAGACAUUGAAGUAUUCAGUUGACAGAACAAGUAAAGAUCUCAUAAAUGCCAGAGAAAAGUCGACCAACUUAAGAAAAGAAGUGAAGAUAAGAGAAGAAAAAUUUUCUGAAGUUCAAAAUGAACGGGAAAUUCUCAAUACUCGGUAUAAGGAAACAAUUCAUUCAACAAUGACAACAGAAGAAAGAGCAAGCGCUAUGGAAGAGUUACUGAAAAUAGAAGAAACGAGAAUUUGUGAAGUUGAGAAGGAACUGGGGAGACUUCGUGAGAUACAGUUUCGUAAAAACGAAGAGUUACACAGUUGUAAAAUAAUGGAACAAAAUACUGCUGCUGAGAUUCAGGGUUCUCGUGCUGCAUCAAGAAAUUUAAAUAGUAAACUUCACAAAUUAGAUCAAGACUCACUUAAACAACAAGAAAUACUUUAUAUGCAGGAUUUCCAGCUUCAACAGUUGGAAAGAAAAUUUUUGCGAAUGCAAGGAGAAAGAAGUAAUGAAGAGAAACAAAUUUUAGAUGAGAAAAUUAAAGAACUUUCACGACAAAUGGACGAACAGAACGCUGUUCACUCUUUGUUGACUGCACAGAUGAAGAAACUAGUUGAUGAUUUGAGAAGAGAGAAACGCUCUUUACGUACAGGCAAUGAAGAAAAGUCAGAUCUUACCUCUAAAAUUGAGGAGUUGAAUCUUUACAACGAUAGUUCUCAACGGGAAUUGAAGAAAAUUAUUAAAAACAAGGAGGAAACGAUGGUUGAUGAAAAUAUUUUAAAGUUAGAGGUAAAAAGAUUACGGGAAUCCUUGAGCAUUAAAGCAGACGAUGUUUUAAACUUGGAGAAAAGAAAGAUAAGACUUCAAGCUUCAAUGACCCAAAGACGACAAGAAAUUAAAGAUCAUAAAGAUGUAUUACAUGCUCAAAUAAAACUGACAAAUGAAGAGAGACAAACAGUAAGUGCAGAACUUCAUGAUCGGAUUUCAAAAAUUGAAAAGUUACGGAAAAGAUAUGAAAUAUUAAUGGUAACAAUGGCGCCUCCAGAGGGAGAGGAAGAGAAAUCACAGGCAUAUUACGUCAUCAAAGCUGCUCAAGAGAAAGAAGAAAUGCAACAAGAAGGUGAUGCUGAUGCUAAGAUAAGAAAAGCAGAGAAAGAAAUAAGAGCGUUGGAAAACACUUUACGUCUCAUGAAUAAUCGUAAUGAAAAUUAUCGUAAAAGUUUCAACAAAGUCGAUGCUAAUAGUAGUGAAUUCGAAGAGAAAAAUAAGCUUGAAGAACAACGACGUACUGUUAUGGAGAAAUAUAAAUUCAAACGAAGACAAAUACGUGAGAUACAAGAAGAUAUAGAGACCAUGAACAGUUCCUUAGGUUCACUGACAAAGGAUGAGCAGGAUUUAUCUGCGCUACUUCAUGAAAGAAAAAUGAAAGUUGCGCAUCAGGAGGAGUUGAACGAGCAGAAAGAAAAAUACGAGAGAACAAGGAAACACAAUAGUCGUGUUGUACGUAUCAUUCGUAAUGCUAAGAAAAUAAAAGAAGAAACACAUGAAGAAAAGGAUAUUGACCUGAGAGAAAUACGUGAUUUUAAUAUUGAUAUUAUGAAACAGAUAGGAACAGCUGUACAAACUGACCAGGAUAUGUCAACAGCUGCUCAACUGUAUUUUACCCAGGCAGGAUUACCUGUACCAUCUACAUCAAGUCGUCUAAGAUCACGACCUUCAUCAAUCCAUUCUUCUCGUAGUUCCUCUAUUGCUUCCAAUAGAUCUUUAGCAUCUGUCCGCAGUGAUGAAAGUCAAUGUAGUGUUGCUUCAGUGAAUAUUUCUUUCAACAAUGAUGAAAAAUCAGGGUUAGGUGAAGCUCAAAAGAGUGGUUUUAAAUCAAGUAUUGUAUCAAAACGUUUGCUAGUCUCACCUACAGCCUCAAAACGUACGUCACCCGCAGGCUCAAAACCUGCAUCUCCCACAGGCUCAAAACCUACGUCACCCGCAGGCUCAAAACAUACAUCGCCCGCAGGCUCAAAGCCUGCAUCUCCCACAGGCUCAAAACCUACGUCACCCGCAGGCUCAAAACGUACAUCACCCGCAGGCUCAAAACGUACAUCACCCGCAGGCUCAAAACGUACGUUAUCCGCAGGCUCAAAACCUACGUUAUCCGCAGGCUCAAAACCUAUAUCACCUGCAGGCUCAAAAUCCUCCUCACGUGUGGGCAGUAAACGUGCAUCUAGAGAAAGCUCACCUCAUUCAUAAUUCACAAACUUUACAUUAAUUCAUCUUUUGGACAAAUAAGUUAAGUGUGAAAUUUGGAAUUUUGAUUUUUCUUCUACUGAAAUAACGUCACCAAAAUCACAGAGAAAAUAUUGAUAAUAAUAUUUCAAAAAAGAGUUGACGAUUUUUAUGAUACUUUUCAAAUUAAAGUCCGCUUUCAAACACAUUAGCAUUUUUUUACCAUUUAAAAUAAUAUUACAAGCCAUCAAAAAUUAGCUUUUUAUCGCGCUCAAUCUUAUGAAGAUCGGUCGCUGAUCUUUAUAAGAAAAUAAAUAUUUGUCAGCUACUGUAAAUACACCAGUUUUUGAUCCUGUUUGACUCUUAAAACGCAAUGUUUGAAAUAAUAUGUUACGAUGUUUUCUACUCAUCUUCAUCACUAAUGGCAAUAUUUUUUCUUGGACGUUUUUCAUUAUCACUUUCAUCGCUAUCGAGAAGAUCUCUCACAUUGUUAAACAUUUUAUCGCAAGCAGAAGAACUUGAUUUUGAAAUGUUAUUAUUAAUGCUUGAUUGUCGUGUUACUCUUUUACCUUUCACUGAAAAAAAUAAAAUUAAUCUUAUUGAUUUAUUAAAUAAAUUUUAAUUCAGACAUUGUAUACCUGAAGUGGUAAUGAUCUUGCUUACAUCAAGUUCUGCCAUUUCGUCUUCCUUCUCUUUCUUUAGUUUGUACUUUUUGCAUUUCUCCAAUGUAAUUCGACCUAAAUUAAACACAUUAUAAUAGCAAUUAAAAAAGCUUGCAAAAUAUAUA